AUUUUUUUUUCCUUUUCUCCCUUUAAUAACAAUUGCUAUUGGGGUUUCUUCCAACUCGGUGCUGUCGGACAUGCUAUAGCUUUGCUGUUUGUCCGAGCCACUUUUCCGGCCGCUUGUCUUUUAACUGACGGAUCCUUGACCUCUAGCCGUAGACGGUUGCUUUCAAUCGCUUAUUCAAUCACAUCUCGACUCUGCUGCCGCUCUUCAGAGACAGGUGUAAUGGGGAGUGAGGAUGGAAGAGACCCAUUCAAAGGUGUAGAUUGGAAAGCUGUUGGCGGUGAGAUGCAGCAAAACCCUAAUGUCCAACCAACUCUCGCAAAACGACUCCCCAAGAAAAUUAGACUAGUACCAGAAUACUAUUUCCUUCCUAAAUGGCCACUACCAUCCGCGAUGUUGUUCUGUAGUGCCUGUAUUGCCGGUGGAGUUGGUGCUGGUAUGCUAGUAGAAGCAUGGAUCGACAAGAAAGUUAAAGAUGAUGGUGGGGUUAUAUGGGAGUUUGAAAAAUAAACUCUGGAUUUUUGGUGCAUCUAAUGUCACAUGACUGCCUCUCCAGCACUCCACUCAAAUAUUGAUCUCUACUCAAAUUUAUCUAUAGUUAUUAGUUUAACAAAUAAGUGUGAUUCAAUAGUUUAUUUGGGUUCUUUCUUAGACUGUUGAUCGACUAGUAGUUAUCAAUUGACAUGUUUAAAUUUGUGAAAGAAUUUUUUUUUUUGAGCAUGACCUCGGUUUAAAUUGAUUCCUAUUUAA